GGCAGCCUGGAGCGAGCAGCUUGGGAGAACCCCUGGAAAGAGCCCCCGGGCCCUCCUCCGGGAGGACCUCAGCUGACCCGAGGCUUAGGGGGUGGAGCUGGACGGGAGGCUGAGCAGUGCCAGCCACAGGCCAUUGUUGGAAGCCCAGACGGCCAGCUGCCCGACCACCCACCCCACCCUGGCCGCAGCGGCAGGGAGCCCGUCCCAGAGAACAUCUGGGAGUUGCCUGAUGUUUGGGGUUGGGGGUGGGCGGAAGAGGAGGGAUGCCAGUGUCCGAGUGGGUGGGGGAUCCCACAGUGAGCGCCGUCACCCAUCCUCUGGGGGUGACUGCCUGACACUAAGGUCUUCCCAGGCGCCCCCACCCACAUCUUGGUCACCUCCCUUGCCGACAAAGUUUGUCAGCAGCUGCCCGGACAGCUGAUUAAAUAAAUACAAGAGGACCUGGUUAAGACACCCCUAACCCUCCGCUGGCCUCCUGCCGGCUCACAGCCUCGCUGCCUCCCCCUCCGUUUCCUCUGCCAGCUUCCCGACAGGAAACCCCAGCAGCAGCGGGACAACAGUGUCUGGUCCAGCCCUUCCAGGCAGCAGCCAGUGGGACCUGAGGCCCAGCCGGCAUCCAAUGGAGGACAAGAAGAAGAAAAGGAGUCCCAAGCCCUGCCUGACCCAGCCAGCCCAGGCCCCGGGAACACUACGAAGGGUCCCUGUGCCCACCAGCCACAGCGGCUCCUUGGCCCUGGGACUCCCUCAUCUGCCCUCCCCCAAGCAGCGGGCCAAGUUCAAGAGGGUAGGCAAGGAGAAAUGCCGUCCGGUGCUGGCCGGAAGCGGGGGCGGCUCGGCAGGCACUCCCCUGCAGCACUCCUUUCUGACCGAGGUGACAGACGUCUAUGAGAUGGAGGGGGGACUGCUGAACCUGCUCAAUGAUUUUCACUCGGGCCGGCUGCAGGCCUUUGGGAAGGAAUGCUCCUUUGAGCAGUUGGAGCACGUGCGGGAGAUGCAGGAGAAGCUGGCCCGGCUGCACUUCAGCCUGGACGUGUGUGGGGAGGAGGAGGAUGAGGAGGAAGAGGACGGGGUCACUGAGGGGCUGCCUGAGGAGCAGAAGAAGACGAUGGCUGACCGAAACCUGGACCAGCUGCUUAGCAAUCUGGAAGAUCUUAGUAAUUCUAUGUAUCCUUUCCAGGGGACCCUGCUGUGUUCUCAGCCAGAAAUAGUGCGGGUGCACGUACUUGCAAGAUCUAGACCAGAAGAGAAGGGAGUAAGCUACCUAGCCAGAAGGGCGGGUGUGGACUGCAACUUGGACCACGGAUCACCCGAGUCCUCCGACCCCGCCUCUUUGCGCAGUUGGGGAAACUAAGCCUGUGCAGGAUGGACAGACAGGGCUGGAAAGACUGGGGUCCAAAGCAUCGCAAUCCUUGACUGGCACAGACAGAAGUUGCACCUGGCCGAGAACGCCGAGCCUGAGGAGCAGUCAGCCGUGUAGAUGUCGGACCCAGGCCCAGACUGCCCCUCUCAUGCCCUUCAAACUGUGACCUUUUAUGGACUCGAUCGGGUAUUACGCGGCUCCCCAGGUGCUAUGGGGGAGGGGGGCACUGGAUGGAAUUAAACCAGAAAAAAAGAAA